CGGGACAUCCGGUUCCGUGGAUAAUCGCAAUAACACCGGUCGAGAACUUGUACGUAUACUGCCGUGGACCCUUUCCUUCUCCGUCCCUUCGGUGCCGGGACUUGUAGUAAACUUAGAAAAAAUAUGAUGCAAGCCAACCUUUGGAAUUUAGUGACCGCCAACAUCAAACCAACAUGCUUGAAGCGUGUUCUCCCAGGUAUGACAGUUGUCCAGCAACGCAGGUAUGCCAGCACACUGGACGCAGACUUAGUGGUGAUCGGUUCUGGUCCUGGUGGCUAUGUAGCUGCGAUCAAAGGAGCGCAGUUGGGGAUGAAGACAGUCUGUAUAGAGAAAAAUCCAACCCUGGGUGGCACGUGCCUCAACGUUGGAUGCAUUCCAUCGAAAUCACUGUUAAAUAAUUCACACUACUAUCACAUGGCACACAGCGGUGAUCUGCAGAACCGUGGUGUCGUUGUAUCUAAUGUUCAGCUCGACCUCAACAAGUUGAUGGAGCAGAAGACAAACGUAGUUAAGGCUUUGACUGGUGGAAUUGCGGGUCUCUUCAAGAAAAACAAGGUCGAGUGGGUGAAGGGUCACGGAAAGAUUACCGGCAAGAAUCAGGUGACCGCCCUGAAUCCCGACGGAUCGGCGGAGUCAACCAUCAACACCAAGAACAUUCUGAUCGCGACCGGUAGCGAAGUCACACCUUUCCCCGGCAUUGAGAUCGACGAGAAGCAAGUUGUGUCCUCGACUGGCGCUCUCUCGCUCAGCGAAGUCCCCAAAAGGCUCAUUGUUAUCGGAGCUGGUGUUAUCGGUUUGGAAUUAGGCUCAGUCUGGCAGAGGCUGGGUUCCGACGUAACUGCGGUGGAGUUCAUGCCGACGAUCGGCGGCAUGGGUAUCGACGGAGAAGUUAGCAAAACUAUGCAGAAGAUCCUCACCAAGCAAGGUUUGAAGUUCAAGCUGGGUACGAAGGUCACGAGCGCUGCGAAACGAGGCAACGAGAUCGUGGUGUCCGUCGAGGAUGCGAAAGACCCUAGCAAGAAGGAGGACAUAGCGUGCGACGUGUUGCUGGUGUGCGUCGGCAGGAGGCCGUACACGAACAACUUGGGUUUGGAGGAUAUGGGCAUCGAGAGGGACGAGAAGGGCAGAAUACCUGUCAACAAUCGAUUCCAGACAGUGGUACCCAGUAUUUUUGCCAUUGGAGACUGUAUUCAUGGCCCGAUGUUGGCUCACAAGGCGGAGGAUGAGGGCAUAAUUACAGUGGAGGGUAUUGCUGGAGGAGCGGUUCAUAUAGACUACAACUGCGUCCCAAGUGUAAUAUACACGCAUCCUGAGGUCAGUUGGGUCGGCAAGACGGAGGAAGAUCUGAAGAAAGAGGGUAUCGACUUUAAGGUCGGUAAAUUCCCGUUCAUGGCGAAUUCCCGAGCGAAAACGAAUCUGGAAACCGACGGUUUCGCCAAGGUGCUCGCCGACAGCAACACGGAUAAAAUUCUGGGCGUUCACAUGAUCGGACCGACUGCGGGCGAGCUCAUAAACGAGGCGGUUCUUGCAAUGGAAUACGGUGCUAGCGCGGAAGACGUUGCACGUGUAUGCCACGCACAUCCGACAUGCGCCGAGGCACUUAGGGAAGCACAUUUGUCAGCCUACGCUGGAAAACCCAUCAACUUCUAAGUUUCCGCGGGAGAUAGAUAAAUCAUCAACGCCCGUUAGUCCGUAUUCUCAUCGCGUGUUUGGCAUUUAAUGCGAUCGCUGAAGCAGAUUUCGUAUAGAAUACAUCGCGCAGCUGAACAUACUGUGCACAUUCUGUGCUAAAUGCGCGACGAAAACGCGGCUCGUUUGACACUUCGUCGUAGCCUUGAUCUAGUCUACGUAUCAAUGUCACACAUGACGCGCGUACUUAACAUAAGUUGUAUAUCCUCGCUUGAACGCAGGAGAACACGUUUUAAGUAUUUACAGUUGUAAAUAAACAUUGUAAACCGUUACUUAAAAAAACUAAUUACUCGCCUUAUAUUAAACUUCUAUCAAAUGAAACCAUUGCAUUUACUGCGAAUAAAAGAAAAGUUUUAUGUUGCGCAA